UAAAAACAACAACUUCUGAGAAAGAGGAGAAGCAAAAUACGUCUAAAGAUUGCUUGUUUUCUUCUCUUCUUCUUCCGGAUUGUAGCUGUCCCCUUUAUACUUUUCUCUUGGUUCUUUCUGGGUUUUAACUUAAAUCUUUCUUCUUGGUUCCUUCUGGUUUCCAUCUGAAAACUAGCUUUUCUUUCUAGAGAUUUGCUUGAAUUCAAGAAAUAAAAAAGAGCGUCAAGACUUGAAGAUGGCUGCUGCUUCAUCAUCUUCGCCAUUUUUUCGGGCUAGAGAGGAAAAUCAAAACCAGAUAUUGCAGCAGCAAAAUUCAUCUACAGCUAUUUCUGCUCCUCCUCAAAAGAAAAAGAGAAAUCAGCCUGGAACACCAAAUCCAGAUGCAGAAGUGAUAGCACUAUCUCCCAAGACACUGAUGGCAACAAACAGGUUCAUAUGUGAAGUAUGCAACAAAGGUUUUCAAAGAGAGCAAAACCUACAGCUCCACAGAAGAGGACACAACCUCCCAUGGAAGCUAAAGCAAAAGACUACAAAAGAAGUGAAGAGGAAAGUGUAUUUAUGCCCUGAACCCACAUGCGUCCACCAUGACCCUUCUAGGGCUCUUGGUGACCUUACUGGUAUCAAGAAACACUAUUCAAGAAAACAUGGUGAGAAAAAAUGGAAGUGUGAGAAAUGUUCAAAGAGAUAUGCUGUGCAAUCUGAUUGGAAAGCCCAUUCUAAGACUUGUGGCACUAGAGAAUAUAGAUGUGACUGUGGCACUCUUUUUUCAAGGCGUGAUAGUUUCAUUACUCAUAGGGCCUUUUGUGAUGCAUUAGCUCAAGAGAGUGCAAGGCAUCCUACAAGCUUAAACACUCUUGGAACUCAUUUAUAUGGAAAUAAUCAUAUGAGUUUAGGCUUGUCUCAAGUGGGUUCUCAGAUUCCUCCAUUACAAGAUCAAAACCACCACCAUCCAUCUACUAAUAUGUUAAGAUUAGGCGGAGCUGGGGCCGCGAAAUUCGAACACAUAAUCUCUCCUCCUCCUCCCAAUUCGUCUACAUUUUUCAUGUCGGAUUCAAACCAAACUUCAUUUCCAAGCAAACCCUUGCAUGGCCUUAUGCAACUCCCUGAUCUUCAAAAUUCCACCAAUAAUAAUAACUCUACCAAUCUUUUUAAUCUCAGCUUCUUUUCGAAUAAUACUACCCCUAAUCGAAUGAGUGGUAAUGACAAUGGCGCAAAUUCCAGUACUGGUACAGCUACCAAUUUGGUGAACUCAAGCUUCUUGAAUCCAAAUCCAAACCCAAAUCUUUAUAAUAUGGAUGAUCAUGUUAGCUCCACAGCCGGAAUACACUCUCUUUAUAGUAACUCAAUGCAGCAAGAAAAUAUCACCCCACACAUGUCUGCAACUGCAUUGCUUCAAAAAGCUGCUCAAAUGGGUUCAACAAGUAGCCCAAACAAUAAUUCUACUCUGCUAAGAGGCCUAGCCGGCAGUUCUUCAUCGGCUAGUACUAAAGCUGACCGGCCACCACUUGUGUCUACUAACUUUGGCAACGCGGAGAUAGAAAGCCAAAACCAACUCCAAGGUCUAAUGAAUUCUCUUGCUAAUGGAGGCUCUUCCAUUUUCGGAGGCGGACAUGGCCAUGAUGACAGCUUUGGUGGAUUCGCCGGUGGGAUAUCAUUAGAACAGCCUCAUAAUAGUGGGAAUUUCAGUAAUGUAGAAGAUGCUAAGUUGCAUCAAAGUCUUGGAAUGAGCAUUGGAGGGUCUGAUAAGCUGACUUUGGACUUUUUGGGUGUUGGAGGGAUGGUAAGGAACAUUGGUGGAGGGCACCAUGGGAUCACUUUAAGCUCUUUGGAUACAGAAAUAAAGUCGGCACAAGGUAAUAAACCCUUUUAAUUUAAGGCAGUGAAGAGAAGAUUAUUGCAUUUGAGAAGAAAGAGAACAAUUAAAAGGCGGAAUGUUGCAGUUUAGGUAUGCAUAUUGUAAUGUACUUUGUUUUGUCUUGGUUUGGUUAGGAUUUUGGUGCAACAAGUGCCUCUCAAGAAUAUUAAUUUCUAUCCUUAAUUUCAAUUAAUUUAUCUUUGUGUGUACUCUUUUAGUAGCUUAAUUGGAAAUUGACCUAAACCA